AUGUACAGAAGGUUAACAAUCACCGUCAAUCUCCACCAUCACAACGUUCCUUCUCAAUUUCUUGCCUUUGUUUCUCUACGAGCUUUUCGAGAGUCGAUUCCACAGCAUCUUGACCACCAAGAAGCAACCAGGUCACGAUUUCUGGGUCGGUCUCGAACCAGGCAGCUUCGAACUCCUUCUGGGCGUUUACUCUCAGUAACAUAUAAAAUCAAUCACAGGAAAGAAAAAAAAAAAAAGAGACUUUUCUUUUUUCUCUCUCGCCGUCUCGCGUUCUCUCUCUCUACUUCUCUGCUGCGUUCUUUUAAUUCUGCUCCUUCUCAUCGUUCUUGGCCGAUCUUCACCUCGUCUUCAUACAAAUCUCAGGCAGAUUCGAAUUGCAAAUCAAGCCACUUGCUUCGAUUUUUCCCCAAUGGAAACCCAUGUGAAAAUUUCUCAUUGAAGAAAAACAAAGAAGAGAGGUUAGAAAUCAACAUGAACAGAGACAGUUCUCUUAAAGCAACUUCAAAAUUUUCUGAGCAAAGUCAACUUCCUGUUAUAAAUGGUAAAGGUAAUGGUCAAUUGAUGUAUAAAAAGAAAGGGUCGAAGAAGACACAACAUGAUUCAAGUGUUAAAAAUGGGAAGCCAUCAAGUGUGUUUAAGAGGAGAGUAUUUUGCUUCUCAAAAUCCUUUCCUGAGAAUAGGCAUUUGCACCCAUGAAUGGAGGAACUGCUUUUGAGUUACCUGAUACAAACUCCUGGAAGCAACCAUUUGAUGCUCAAAGAUACUUUUCACAUGGUGAAAGUGACUGACAGGACUGUGUAUACCUUUUUUUUU